AUGAGCUGCAGGCGCAGCAGCAAGUUGCAGCAGCAGCAGCAGCUGCUGCUGCAGAAGCCGAGGCGGUGCAGGCAGAGCAGCAAGCAGCAGCAGCAGCAGCAGCAUGCUGCUGCUGCAGCAGCUGCUGCUGAACCUGCCGCCGGUGCAGCAGCAAAGUCGGCCCUCGAUGCUGCAGCAGCAUGCUCUCCGCCGCAAGAGCAGCAGCAGCAGCAGCAGCAGCAGCAGCAGCUGGAGCAGCAGCAGCAACGGGAACAGGCGCCUCAGCAGCAGGAUAUCGUAGCAUCUCCUGCUGCAGCUGCAGAUGCAGCAGCAGCAGCAGCAGCAGCAGCAGCAGCAGCAACGUCUCCCGCCCCUUCCAGCGUGGAGAGAAGCAGCCUCCCUGAAGCAGCAGAAACAGCAGCAGCAGCAGCAGCAGCAGCAACAGCAACAGCAGCAACAGCAGCAGCAGCAAGAUCAGUGGCAGAUGCCACCGAUGACUCUGCAGCAGCAGACACAGCAGCAGCAGCAGCAGCAGCAGCAGCAGCAGCAGCGACAGAAGCAGCAGCAGCAGCAGCAACCGAUGCAGCAGCAGCAGCUUCCUCAACAGUGGACAACGGCUCAGAUACUGCUGCAGUUUUAUCUGAUGGCGCAGCAGCAGCAGCAGCAGCAGCAGCAGCAGCAGCAGCAGCAGAAGCAGGUGCUGAUGAUGCUUGCGGCCUAAACACAAAUUUUGGUGCUGCAGUAGGGGCAUUCUCACCGCAGCUGCAGCAGCAGCUGCAGCAGCAGCUGCAGCAGCAACUGCAGCAGCAACUAGAGCAGCAGUUGCAGCUGCAGCAACAGUUACAGCAGCAGCAGCAACUGCAGCAGCAGCAGCUGCAGCAGCAGCAGCUGCUGCUGCCGGAUUGUUUAAACUAUGGAGGAGACAGUCCCUUUGUCUCCUCAGCAGCACUGGAGGGUAUGGGUUUGCCUGGGUUGCCAGCAGCAGCAGCAGCAGCAGCAGCAGCAGCAGCAGCAGCAACAGCAGGGGGGGGGUCUUCGGGUUUGUUUGGUGGCUCCUCUUGCCCGCAGCAGCAAGCAGCAGCAGCAGCAGCAGCAGCAGCAGCAAACCGAUUUGCUUCUCUUGCUGCACUAGCUAAUAUACCUCUACCCCCGCAGCUCUCAGCAGCACAUCCCGCGCUGCUGUCUGCUGCUGCACUGCCGCUGCUGCCGCAGCAGCAGCAGCAGCAGCAGCAGCAGCAGCAGCAGGGAGCUGCAACUCAGGCUGCUGCAGAUCCACAGCCAAACGGCGUGGGCGACCCCAGCAGCCUGCAGCAGCAGCAGCAGCAGCAGCAGCAGCAGCAAUCUCAUGAUACUGCUGCUGCAGCAGAUGAUGCUGCAGCUGCAGCAGCAGCAGCAGCAGCAGCAGCAGCGGCAGCGCCGAUACAGAUGAACGGGCAGGAGCAGUUGCUGCUGCAGCAGCAGCUGCUGCAGCAACACAUCUUGCAACUUGCAGGGCAGCAGCAGCAGCAGCAGCAGCAGCAGCAGCAGCACUUAGCUGCACUGAGAGUCAAGACCGACGCAGCGGAGACAGAAGCAGAGCCUGCAGCAGCAGCAGCAGCAGCAGCAGCAGCAGAUGGAGCGCAGCAGCAGCAGCAGCAGCAGCAGCAGCAGAACGACCACUUGUGGCCUAAGCAGGAGCAGCAGCAAGACGAGCAGCAAAAGAGUACAGAAGACAAAACAGAUGCAGCAGCAGCAGCAGCAGCAGCAGCAGACAAGCAAGAGCAGCAGCAGCAGCAGCAGCAGCUCAGCAACCAGCAGCAGCAGCAGCAAGAUGAAGGCAGCAGAAAGCAGCAAACUGAGGAUUUCUCUUCUCUCUUAAAAUGCUGGCCGGCCAGCAGCAGCUACCCAAUGAUGCUGCAGUUUCCUUCUUUUGGUGCAGCAGAUGAGCUGCAGCUGAAGGGUGGAGACAGCACGCAGCAGCAGCAGCAGCAACAGCAGCAGCAGCAGCAGCAGCAGCAGCAGCAGCAGCAGCAGCAGGGUUCAUUGGCAGCAGCAGCAGCAGCUGCUGCUGCUGCUGCUGCUGCUUCCGUUGCCUUUGACCCUUUUGCUGCUGUCAGCAGCGACGAGCAUCUCGCGCUGCUGCAGCACAUCCGCCUUUUAUCGUUGAAGACAGCAGCAGCAGCAGCAGCAGCAGCAGCAGCAGCAGCAAAAGACAAGUCACAGGAUACAACAAGUCCUGCUGCUGCAGGAACAGCAGCAACUGCAGCAACUGCAGCAGCAGCAACUGAGAAACGAGAUGGAGAUGCAGCAGCAAAUGCUGCUGCUGCUGAACCGGGGGACUCCGAAGCAGCAGCAGCAACAGCAGCAGCAGCAGCAGCAGGAGAAACAGCAGCAGCAGCAGCAGCAGGAGGGCCCGAAGCAGCAACAGAGGCGGCUUCAGGUGACCCGUCCUCCGCAGCAGCUGCUGCAGCUGCAGCAGCAGCAGCAGCAGCAGCAGCAGCAGCAGCAGCAGCAGAGAAAGAAGCAGCAGAAGAAGCAGAGGAGAGAGUGCUGACGUUGAGAGAAGAGCAGCAGCAGCAACAGCAGCAGCAGCAGCAGCAGGAGGAAGAUGCUAUCGAUGAGAGGCUGAGGGCCGUCAGCAGCUUCCUUAAAUCCCUAGAGGGAACAGCAGCAGCAGCAGCAGCAGCAGCAGCAGCAAACCAACCAUCGUGGGUGUUCCCUGACCUGCUGGGGCGGGGCCUUGCUUCGGAAGCUUUGCUGCAGUCUGCUUUGUUUCAGUGGGUAGCAGCAGCAGGAGCUGGGGGCCCCGAAGCAGCAGAAGGGGGAGCAGCAGCAGCAGCAGCAGCAGCAGCAGCAGCAGCAGCAGCAGGGGGAGGAGCAGCAGCAGCAGCAGGAGAAACCUCAGGCGUCACCACGCAGCAAGGGGGGUUGUUUCUAGGUAUGCUGCCGGACAUACAUGCUGAGCAGCUGCUGCAGGAGCAGCUGCUGCAGCAGCAGCUGCUGCAGCAGCAACUGCUGCAGCAGCAGCUAGCAGCAGCACACCCAGAUGCAGCAGCAAUCACAAAGGGACUGCUGCAGCAGAGCAGCAGCAACAGCUUCGGGGAUUUCUCCACCAGCGCGCUGCAGGCGUCGCAGACAAACACAAAACGAUCCAGUGCAGCAACUGCAGCACCAGCAGCAGCAGCAGCAGCUGCUGCUGCUGUUGCUGCUGCUGCUGCUGCAGCAGGAUGCGUGCAAGAGCAGCAGCAGGAGCAGCAGCAGCAGGAGGAGGUGUACAAUCGUCAUCUUCUCAAUCUGUCUCCUCCGGUGGUGGUUCUAGCGGCACAACAGCAACAGCAGCAGCAGCAGCAGCAGCAGCAGCAGCAGCAGCAGCAGCAGGACUAG